UUGUCUUGCGAAAUGUUGAGAAAGAUUUUUAGUUCAAAGGUAUUACUGAGAAGAUUCAGUCAAGUAGAAAACAUCAGAAGUAUUGAGAAAGAAUUACCUAGUCCAGAUUUCUUGUCAAAAUAUAUAAGAAAACCAUCACAAAAACUAUUAUUUUCUAAAAUUGUAUUGGAGCUGCAGACGUUUUUGAGAAUUCUCGGUUCUUCCUCUCUGCCUGAAAUUACUGAUGAUGUUUGGACAAGUCUUGUUUCACUACCAUCAUUCGAGCAAAGAACGCAAUUUCUUAUUAUGUUAAAACAGAAUCAUUCAGAGCAACAGGAUAGAAUAAAAGAUGAACUUGAAAAACCCGAGAUUGGCUCUUCCAGUAACAUAUAUUAUAGUGAGGGAAAAGAGUUUAGAAAGCGAAUAGACCAAUAUCAUUCCAAUAGCGUAUUGAGAUUAAAAAGGAAUGAGGAGGAUUUGCCUCAGUUACUGGUUGACUGCAGAUUUUUGAACGAUUUCUCUCUCACAACUCAAACGGUGUUUAUGACACAAAUUCAAAAGUUAUAUGAAGCAAACUGGACAUCUCGACACCCCUUUAAUAUAACAAUAAUGAAUUACACUCCUGAUCAACAACUGUCAACAGUAGCUCAGAGAAAUUUAUAUUUCAAAUAUGGACCCCCAUCAAAGGAUAAGAAUGCAAAGUUUGAGCCGCAUAUGUUUGCUCCCAAAAUUACGAGUCAAAGUGUGAAAAACGUACUACCCUGUGAUAAAAGCGAAGCUAUCUAUAUUUCGUGGAAAGCUAGAGAUGUGCUGCCUUCAAAACCCCUUAACUGCAAAGCCGUAAUAUUAUGUACAAGUCUUGAUGCACAACCUUGCACGAGUAGUUAUUCACUCGCUAUAAUGGAAGGCAUUAAAUCAUAUAGAAUACCACUUGAGAAACAUGUCUUGUUGAAAGGAUCUCAUCGAGUCCUACCUCUAGCACAAACAUCAAUGGUUUUGCGAUCGUACUUUCUUGGAGAUGAUUUGGGACAAGCUAUAAAGGAUUCUUUUUUGCAUGUGAAGUUGAGCAAACGUAGCAGAGCUAAAGAGAGCGAAGCUCUCAUCGAAAGCUAUAGGAGCAUCGUUGAGAAGCUUGAGUUAGAAAAAAACAGGGAACAGAAGAAGAUUGAAUUUCUUAACUCUCCUUCCAAAAUUGGUAGCUACAAGCCUACUGCCCGUUCAUACAAUCAUCGAUAUAGUCGUGAGGAAAGGAAGAACAAAAAACAGUGA